AUGUCUUCGAUGAUCACAACUACGGCCUGGGUGCGGCGCGGUGUCGCAGCCCAGUUCCCUACAAAAUAUGAGAUUGACGAGGAGGAAAUGGGCCGGAUAUCGAAGUUGGCCCGCAUGCAGCUUGAAGAUGCGCAGGAGGGGUUGAGUGCCGCUCAGGAUGGCAAGGAUGGUGAUGACGAGGACGAAGCUAUGGACGAGGGUAAUGAGAAAGCCUCUGAGGGUGCGAAAGAGAACAAGGACUCCAAGAAAGGCUCUGGCUCUGGCUCUAAGAGCACCGAGGACGAUGAUGUUUUGAAGGAGUUCGACCUUGACACCUACGAUGAUGAUGAGAUUGACGAGGAUGGCGAGAGGGCUACCAUGUUCGGCAAUGUCCAGUCUCUGGCCUACCACCAGCCCAACGAGGAGGACCCCUACCUCGUCAUCCCCGAGGACGAGGACAAAGAUGAGGAGCGCGAGGAGCUGCAGAUUAUGCCCACCGACAACCUGCUUCUGGCUGGUAAGGUCGAGGACGAAGUCGCUCAUCUCGAGGUCUACGUCUACGAGGACCAGGCCGACAACCUCUACGUCCACCACGAUAUCAUGCUGCCCGGUAUUCCUCUCUGCGUGGAGUGGCUGGAUGUCCCCGUCGGCGGCAAGCCCAACGAGGAGCGCACAACCGGAAACUUUGUGGCUGUUGGAACCAUGGAGCCUGAUAUUGAGAUUUGGGAUUUGGACGUUGUCGACAGCAUGUACCCCAAUGCCAUCCUGGGGCAAGGUGGGCAGGACAACGGAGACUCCAAGCCCAAGAAGUCCAAGAAAAAGAGCAAGGCCAACGAUGAGUACCACAUCGACUCCAUCCUGGCUCUCGCUGCCAACCGCCAGCACCGCAACCUUCUGGCCUCCGCCUCCGCAGACCGAACUGUCAAGCUUUGGGAUCUCAACACCACCAGCUGUGCCAAGUCCUACUCGCACCACACCGACAAGGUCUGCUCGCUGGACUGGCAUCCCAAGGAGUCGACAGUUCUCCUGAGUGGUAGCUACGACCGCACUAUCGUUGCCGCCGACAUGCGUUCCCCCGACUCCAAGGCUCGCUGGGGCGUCGACUCGGACGUUGAGAACGUCCGCUGGGACCCGCAUGAUCCGAACUAUUUCUACGUCACCACAGACGGUGGCAUGGUCUACCGCUACGACAUUCGCAAUGCCCCCGCCACUCCGGCCGAGUCCAAGCCCGUCUGGUCUCUGCAGGCUCACGACUCCUCCGUCUCCUCCUUCGACAUCAACCGCACUAUCCCCGGCUUCCUUGUCACCGGCUCCACAGACAAGGAAGUCAAGCUGUGGAACGUCGAGAACGACAAGCCCAGCCUCGUCGUGUCACGCAAGCUGGAUGUUGGCAAGGUCUUCUCGACUGCCUUCGCACCCGACCCGGAGGUCAGCUUCCGUCUGGCCGUUGCCGGCAGCAAGGGUACCGUGCAGAUCUGGGAUGCGUCGACGAACGGUGCUGUGCGCCGAACCUUCGUCUCGCGCAUGCCGGAUCUCGCGGGCGAUGUGCCCGAGCGUAUACUCGGUGUUAAUGAUGAUGAGGAGGAGUCUGAUGAUGAGGGUGCCGCUGAGGGCGGCGAGGGUGCUCAAGCUGAUGGCCCUGAUGGGUGGGAGUCGAUGGAUGAGGAUUAG